AUGUCGGACAAGUUGAAAGAAUUCGUGGAGAUCCCUCAACAGUUCCUUAAGGAUGGGAACCAAUUCUUGACUCGCUGUACAAAACCCUCGCAAAAAGAAUUCGUCCAAAUCUGCAAAGCUGUCGCGAUUGGUUUCGGAGUAAUGGGCUUCAUCGGUUACUUCGUCAAACUGAUCCAUAUUCCAAUUAACAACAUCCUUGUAGGCGGGGCGUAG